CAGAUGUCCUGGCGUCCGCAAUACCGAAGCUCCAAGUUCCGGAACGUCUACGGGAAGGUGGCCAACCGGGAGCACUGCUUUGACGGGAUCCCCAUCACCAAGAAUGUGCACGACAACCACUUCUGCGCUGUCAACGCCCGCUUCCUGGCCAUUGUCACCGAGAGCGCGGGAGGUGGCUCCUUCCUCGUCAUCCCCCUGGAGCAGACAGGCAGGAUUGAGCCCAACUACCCCAAGGUCUGCGGUCACCAGGGCAACGUGCUGGACAUCAAAUGGAACCCCUUCAUUGACAACAUCAUCGCCUCAUGCUCAGAGGACACGUCGGUGCGGAUCUGGGAGAUUCCCGAGGGCGGGCUGAAGCGGAACAUGACCGAGGCGCUGCUGGAGCUGCACGGGCACAGCCGGCGCGUGGGGCUGGUCGAGUGGCACCCCACCACCAACAACAUCCUGCUCAGCGCUGGCUACGACUACAAGGUCCUCAUCUGGAACCUGGACGUGGGCGAGCCGGUGAAGAUGAUCGACUGCCACACGGACGUGAUCCUGUGCAUGUCCUUCAACACAGACGGCAGCCUCCUCACCACCACGUGCAAAGACAAGAAGCUGCGUGUGAUCGAGCCCCGUUCCGGCCGUGUCCUGCAGGAGGCCAACUGCAAAAACCACAGAGUGAAUCGGGUGGUGUUCCUGGGCAACAUGAAGCGGCUCCUCACCACGGGGGUCUCCAGGUGGAACACGAGACAGAUUGCCCUCUGGGACCAGGAGGACCUGUCCAUGCCCCUGAUCGAAGAGGAGAUUGAUGGGCUCUCUGGCCUCCUGUUCCCUUUCUACGACGCUGACACUCACAUGCUCUACCUGGCUGGGAAGGGGGACGGAAACAUCCGCUACUACGAGAUCAGCACGGAGAAGCCCUACCUGAGUUACCUCAUGGAGUUCCGCUCCCCAGCCCCGCAGAAAGGCCUAGGAGUCAUGCCCAAGCACGGGCUGGACGUGUCGGCCUGCGAGGUGUUCCGCUUCUACAAGCUGGUCACUCUCAAGGGCCUGAUCGAGCCCAUCUCCAUGAUCGUGCCCCGCAGGUCGGAUUCCUACCAGGAAGACAUUUACCCCAUGACGCCAGGCACGGAGCCAGCCCUGACCCCGGAUGAGUGGCUGGGAGGCAUCAACAGAGAUCCCGUGCUGAUGUCUUUGAAAGAAGGCUAUAAGAAGUCCUCGAAAAUGGUAUUUAAGGCUCCCAUCAAAGAAAAGAAGAGCGUCGUGGUCAACGGCAUAGAUUUAUUAGAAAAUGUCCCACCCAGGACAGAGAACGAGCUCCUCCGAAUGUUCUUCCGGCAGCAGGAUGAGAUCCGACGGUUGAAAGAGGAGCUGGCCCAGAAGGACAUCCGCAUCCGGCAGCUCCAGCUGGAAUUGAAAAACUUGCGCAACAGCCCCAAGAACUGUUAGCUCCCCAGGUGGGCUGUUUUCUACGCCGAUCUCUCCGUCGCUUCUACUCGUCCCUUAACUUCCCCUUUUCCAGUGCCCCCAGAGACAGAGCCAGGACUGGAGCCGGGGGCCAGCCUGAGGGACCCCACCUGCCACCUCAAGAACUGGAAGCCGACCUUGGACCUCCUGACCUCAUGCUAGUAAAAGUCCCAGGCCUCUCCUGGAGACCCCCUGCUGGCAGCCCCCUCCCCUGCCACCCCAGGAGCCAGGCUUCCCCUCAGCUGGGCGAAGACCACGUUCCCCCUGAGGGGGUGCCCUCAGCGGACCAGGGAGCAGGGAGGGAAGCAGGAUCCCAGCUAGACUUAGAACUUGAACCUUUCCCCUGCACAGGGACUGCCAGGACGUCUCUGCGCACUCCCUACCGGGGCUCUCAGCAUCCCUGAUGGUACCACAGAGUAAGGGCUGGGUCACAGGCUGAAGUGCCCCCUCCCCGCCUCCCGCCUCCCUCCGCACUCAGCAGCCCUGGGGCCUGACUCACCUGACCAGGGCAGCCAGCAGCCCAGCCCUGUCUGUCUCCUGCCCCCGCCUUGUCUUCAGGGAAUUGAGAGGAUCUCUCCAAGGCCAUACUGACCCCUCUGCCUUCCCCGUGACUCUCCUCAAAGCUCUUGCACACCCUUUUCCCGUUUAA